CGAUUGCAUAAUUGCAUGUCUUCGAUGAAAUUCUUAAGGACGCACCACAGCUGCGCGAGAUCGUUUAUGUUAAAACGAAGAUCAGCCACUCAAUCACCUUUAAUCUUGACAAUGAAGAGAAGUGCGAGGUGCGCCGCGCCCUCUGGACCCGUGCGCGGGCGGCCUCUCGAGGAUCCACGGGGAUAAUUAGGGCACCGGCAGUCACCUCCCGCCGGUGCCUGAGGCUAAACCUCGGGAGCUUCAGCUGUAGCGACUGGGAUAAGGUGGAGUAUGGAUUUGAAGGGAGCGCAGGAGGCUUUCCUGGCGGUGCUGCAGCAGAUCCCUCAGCCAGAGACCCGCAAGGCUUUCCUAGCAUGGGUAGAUGACACCUGGAUCAGAGGAGUGCCACCAACACUGAUGGUAUGCCCACCACCAUGUCCACCUCCACCUUUAGUACCUGGCUGCACCUCAGAUUACAGCAGUGGGGAUGCCAAGCUGAGAAAGAUUGCUGAUGACCUGCGGGAAAUUAUGCCACUCAAUGCAAUUCUUCCGACUGAGCAAAUAACUUUUCCAUCUGUAGGAGAGAAUGCUGACUGUGACCCAUCUCAUACACUUCAUGUUGAUGCAUUCCUGUAUGAUGAAGAUAUGGUGGAUGAGCUGUGUGACACGGGAGAACUCGCUCGCAACUACUGUGUUGAUUGCUCCUCUCAUAACACACAGCCAAUCACUUACAUCAGCCACUCAGCUUCACGAGAAAGACUAGCUUACAUUUUCCGAGCAUUGCUCCCACCUAUACCCGAGGACACCAUUUUACUGGACAUAGGCUCAAGAUUAGGGGCAGUUUUGUAUGGGGCAUAUAUUUAUAGCAAAUGCAGAAGAAUAGUGGGUGUAGAAAUUAAUCAAGACUUAUGUCAAGUUCAGCAAACAAUUAUCAACAAAUAUCAGUUCCAGGACCGUGCACAAGUUGUAGGAGGUGACAUACAAGAGCAAGCAGAAAUUGUGCGUGCUGCAGACAUUAUAGUUCUCAAUAAUGUUUUUGAGUUCUUCAUGCCACCUGCUGUUCAAGCUCGCAUCUGGGCUUUCUUACGGAGUAAUAUCAAGAAAGGAUGUUUGCUGGUCACCAUUCCCUCCCUAGAAGACUCUCUGCAGUAUAUAGAUUGUGGCUUCCGUGUUCAAGAAUGGGCCCGAGAGCUUCCACCACAUGACCCCAAUAUCACAGCACCAUUUGACUUCCAGAGUGAGACUUCCGAGGUGAAGCUCUAUCAAAUCAUUUAAGUUAUAGAAGUGUCCAAAAGUGUCUUGACCUGAAACUAUGUCUUUGAGAAAUGUAAAGAAUAUAUUUUAAGUAUAUUGGUGAAGUAUGUUUCAUGCUACAAGAGUGAAAGACUUAUCAGUCAUAAUUUUAGUGUUUUUUUUUUUUCUUUCUUUCUUUCUUUCUUUUCUUUUCUUUUUUUUUUUCUUUUUUUUUUUU